AAGAAAAAGAUAAAAGUGAAAUAAUUCCAUCAUCACAUUUAUCAAAUGAUAAUGAAAAGAAAAGCAGGAAGAAAUUACCCAAUGAUAAUGAUACCUAUGUUAGCAAGAUAAACACAAAUAAUCAAAAUUUGUUACCAGUGUCAUCACCACAAUCGAUAAGCGUAAUUAAUGCCUUCGGUAAAAUCUGUUUAGUGUUCAUCAUAGUGUUAAGUAUAGUUGCUGGGAUACAAUUAUGGAGACGAAAACGACGACUACGUUUAAGCAAUCAACGAAUUGUUCAAUUUGAUCAACUUCAAAAUGAGGAAGAAAAUACCAUGUAG